UACACAGUAGGAGCCUCAGGAGCGCUUUGUCUUCAGGCGGAAUGCGGGGCCGGACCCUGAACCCUCGGACCAUUUACCCAGUGUUGCCGAAACUCGUUGCCCUCCUGCCCAUGUCCUGUCAGAAGCGACUUCACUGCAGAACCCACAGCCAGGAUCUCUCUGUGGACACGGCUGUGUUUCCGGAGAAGGUGAGCAACGGGAUGCUGAGGGGCAGCAGAGACAAGGAGGCCGUGGAUGUGCCUGAGGAAGGCCCAGCCCCCCAGGGGAUCAGCCCCACCUUCAUCGUUCAGGAGACCUCACUGUGA